AUGGGCCUCAAUCGACGACUUUGGGCAUGGCUCACGGAUAUUGACAGCAAAACACCCGAGACAUCGACUUCUCCUAUGUCGCCUGUCACGACACAAACAACACUUUCCAACGAUUACUUUCUGUCUUUUGGUCUACCGUCAAUUGUUCGAGCUGUCCAGGCAAUGCUGUCAGAACCUUCAGCUCACCCUGGCCCAAGGACGAUUCCGUUCAGGGUCAUGCUCUCUCUAAUGGACAAGUGGGAAAUAGGAGGCGCCAUAGCCAAAGCUUCUUUCUUGUCCGCAAUGGAAAGUCUGAUGAAGUAUCAGUCUACAGCACCAAGUCAAACUGCAUUCGACGAGGUCUUUCGGAGUGCAAACGCAUUCUUCGAUGCCAUUGAAAGCACAACGAUGUUUUCUUGCCUGUCAGAGCUUUUACAUCUGAAGAGGAUAGAGCUCAUUUCCUUCAUCGUCGCUAAUUUCAGCAUCGAGCAAGCUGAUAGAGUCCACCUGCAUACGGCAGCGCUAGGUAUUGAGCUUGUGCAGACGCUCGAGAGCCAACAGAUUGAUUCGCAAGCCAUCAGUGCUCUGCUGAAUAAUUUGCUAGCUAUCGUACCUCUUGCCUCAUUUGUAGGAUCUGACUCCAAGACAUCUGAAGUGGCAGUAAGGCUCCUGGGAUUGAUAUCGGACGCAAUUUGCAGGUUUCUGGAAUUGCCAUUUGUUGAUAGCACAUUGAGCAAUCUCUGCGUGUCCUUCGAAUACGCAGCAAUGCUCAGUCCGAUUCGAAGCACAAUUGAGGCGUCCAGUUUAUUGCCCAAGCUUUGCAGCAGGGUCAGGCACAUCAACGACAACGACAAAUGCUCGUUCACGAUCGUGGAAACUAUCUCACGUGUUGUAAGCAGUUUACUCCUGCGUGGCAACGACCUCAAUACGUCUAUACAACAGGAAAUUUUGAAUUCGGUCCCGGAUCUGACAUAUCACUUGUGGGACUUUCUCCAGACCCAAACACCUCAACAUCACGUAGCAGCUGCCGAGAAUAUAUGGAGACUUCACGAUCUGACAUUUGAAGAAGAAGUCGUGGACAGUAGCAUCCUGAACAUUUUGAUCAGGGAACUUAGUCAAACAAACAUAGAACGAUUUGGCGUGCUGUAUCACCACUCGAAGACGGUGAAACGUGCAGCUGAAGAGAGCAUCCCAUCAAUGCUUAGAAGACCAGCCCUGCUGAUUUUAGACAACACUUUGGGCGCCGAACGAGGUGAAGACGGUGUACAAUGGUUGCUCAGUCUACCAAGCAGUGCUGCUAUCUUCAAGUCUAUAUUUGAGGACGACCUAACACAGGCACAAAAUUUGUCCUUGGCAUUGCAGAGAGUGCACAAGCUGAUCCGCAUUGUACGCCUAUCCCACGAACAUUGGCGAGCGUUUUCCAGCUCCCCGGAUCUGAUACAGACACAAGACUUCUGUCUCUCUUUAAUUGAUUCGAAGGACCAGAUCAGGACCAAUCUACAAAAUGAGGCUUUCUUGUUAUUGAGAGCAUUGUAUGACAGUGACACCGGCAAUACUCCGCCAGAGAAACUUGUUGUGCUUUUAGCAGACAAGCUCGGUCAAAAAGAUGCAGAUUCGCACAGUCAGGAAGCAGUCUUGAACACGCUACUUGCAAUUCUGACUGACAAAACCACCUUGCCAUCCUCGAUGGUCCACGUUCUUUUGCAAGGACUCUCAUCCGUUCCAGCUGAUGAUCGACUCGACAAAUGGAUCACAUUACUUUGCAACUUCUUACCCAAUCAUCAAUCUCUGCUGCCCAGUUUACUAAAGGCGACUAGCAGUUUCUGCAAGCGUAUUGAGCAGGUCUUCGGUGAACUACAGUCGCUUUUCGAUCACAAGAUUGGCACGAGUUUGGCCAAAAGCCCCGAUCGAUCUAUCGCUAAUUUGCUUUCAGGCCUAGAAUAUGUCCUCGCACGAGCACACCAGCAGGUCUUUUACCUGGAUGCCCCACAAGGUCAACCGACAAAUGGUACGAAUCAAGAAACAGCGCCAAGUAGAGCCCAAUCCAAUAACCGAUUGACGGUAAUACUGUGCAUGCAAGAUGCGGUUCGAGUAUGUGCGAAUCUCUGGGCAUGGAAAUCGAACCCAAGGGUUGACACAGUCAAGACGAUCGCCACGGACGCCAAGUCAUUCCAAUAUACAUCAACCAAGCUAAGGUCACGAAGUCGUAAGAUUUUGGAAAACCUCAUCGUGGCUGAACCUCAGGAGUGUCUGGAAACCCUUGUAGGCAUAUGGGUCGGAGAAGCACAAGGUGCAAUCCUCGAUCUGCUGCAAACGCUCAAUGGUGCUAGGCCUCGAAUCAUGUUACCAGCCGUGUUCAAUGCGAUCUCUACACGUACCAACCCAGCCCCACUGAUGCCGCGACAGAAAUCAACAGCUUCAAUACAGAUUGGAGAGGCAGAAUUGGUAACCUUCCUUAUUGAGUAUACUUCAGCACUGGAGGAUGAUAUGCUGGAGGAGAUAUGGUCGGAUUGUGCAACUUUUCUUCGUGAAGUCCUAGGGAACCCUAUGCCACAUCGUCAGAUCCUUCUCAAGAUGCUACGGUUCUGCGCUGUACUAUCACAGAAGAUGGAGAACACCAGCUUUAGCGAAGGCUCACGUAUGCACAAAGAAUUCGCCGAUAUCUGUGCGAGAUUGUUCACUGCAAUCUUUACAAUCAAACCGUCAGGCUUCGACGGUCAAAAUAAUAAUGAGAAGAAAGUGGCUACAAAUCGGCUAAACACUGUCUAUGGGGCGAUUGCCACUCAUAUCACGACUCCUGCCCUGCAUUCGAGAGUCUUCCCCACAAAUUUAGUGAUCGAGCACCUCGAGGUCAUGCAGAUAAUGUCUACGUCAACAAGUAUAUCGAAAGUGUGGAGAAAAGAUAUUCUCGAUUCUUUUAACAAUCCGAGAUUUUUUCAAAGCUCGAUUGGACUAGUAGGACCAGGCUGGCUACCGAUCCUCAAGCAACUGCAAGUCACGGAGAAAACAUUGCUGUUGGAUAGUCUCAACCACAUAGCACCACCCGCUGCAGCAGGACUUGUGCUAGGUAUUGGUGCCUCAGCCGCACGCGCUGAAGCUGACAAGAAGACUCAACUGGAGUUGAGGCGAGCAUCAACACUGAUGAUGUCAACCGAAGUCGACUCUGCCCUUCCACAGUUGCAACAGAUCUUUCAGAAGAUCGAAGAGUUGCUCAGCGCAACACCAGAGUCCUCACCGUCACUAGCUACUCGGGGUGACCUAUAUCUGCUGAUCCGAGUCCUCUUGCUCAAGACAAAUGCAUCGAACUUGACACUACUUUGGCCUAUCCUCGACGUCGAACUUCGAUCUCUGUGCAAAGAUAUCCUUGCCGGACCUGAGUCGAAGUACACAGCAUAUUCGAGGCUACAUGGUGCGAAACUGCUUGACCUCCUGCUUCUACUGAGACCAGAUGAAUUCCAACUUCACGAAUGGCUGUUCGUUACGGACACGAUCGAUGCGAUCUAUCCAUCCCACGAUACCCAGCAAGUAGCGUAUGCAGACGAGAUUGCAUCUGUGCUUAAUGCAGCAGAUGUGCAUCUCGAGCCAUUGACGCCAGUCCCUUCAGCACGCAAGACUCGAAGGCCGUGGCUCUAUGGCGAUGAGUCGCGGAAUGUGAAAGAUGUUGACGCACUGCUGGCGGGAUUCUUUGGGCAGCUGAGUAUCAGGGCUUUUGAAGACUUGUAUAGUUUACAGGUCGUGGAUGAAGAGGCAGCAAAGGAAGAUGUGCUGAAGGAUAUUUUUAUGGAUGUUGGAGCAUAG